UAUCAUGAUAUAGUAAAUCCGAUACAUAAAAAGAGGGCAUUAAUUGCAUUAAGCUUUAUCCACCGAAUUAAACAUGAUUCUGCAAUGGAUUUUGAAGGAUAUGAUGAAGAUGAAGAAGAGAAGGAUAUUUAUAAGAAAAUAUCUGAAGAUUAUUUAGGGUCAUCUGUUGCCGAAGCAGUAGCACUUGUUAAUACAUUACCAAAUUGGUCUGUAGAAGGGACGAGACUUGUCCCUCUGUUAACUUUGAAGAAAUCUAAAUUAGUUGGAAGUGGAAGUCUUGAAAGUCUAAAAAAGGAAAUUAGAAGUAGCCCAAAUAUAACAGCAAUAUUUGUUAGUACAAACUUGCUGAGAUUCAUACAAAUUGCUGAAUUGCAAAAUACUUUUCGUUUACCCAUUUAUGAUCGCUACUCUAUAGUCAUUCAUAUAUUUCGUGAACAUGCAAAGUCUCCAGAAGCAAUGUUGCAAGUGGCCUUAGCAGAAAUUCCAUAUAUAAGAAAGAAAAUGGUCGAUUUGACAUCUACUAAAUUAGGAAAGAUAAAUAUGGAUGAAGCAAAAAAGAAAUAUCUUGAGAGCAAAGAGAAAAAGUUAAAGAAUGCACUUAAAAGACUAAAGGAACACAGGAAAAUGAUAAAGAGUAGAAGACAGUAUUAUGGUAUCCCAAGUAUUGCUGUAGUUGGAUAUACAAAUGCUGGAAAGACAUCAUUGAUAAAAGCAUUAACAGGGGAUGCAUCUUUGCAACCUCGGAAUCAGUUAUUUGCUACUUUGGACACAACAGUUCAUGAAGGCUAUCUUUUUAACAAGUUAAAAGUACUAUACAUCGAUACCAUUGGAUUUAUUCAAGAUGUACCAGAGACUUUAGUAGAACCAUUUAAAGUUACCCUCGAAGAUGCCAUAGACGCAGACAUUAUUAUUCAUGUAUACGACAUAAGUCAUCCUGAUGUCAAAGCCCAAAUUGAACACAUUGAAAAAACAAUAAAACCUAUGAUAAGUGAUGAUAAAUUAGUAAUUAAUGUAGCAAACAAGUGCGAUAUUCUUGAUAGAGAUUCUCUUAAGGGACAUGCUCUGCUAGAAGAUACGUAUCCCGUUUCUGCUGUGAAUUCAACUGGUAUUGACCUACUGCGGUUCAAAAUAGAAGAAGAAAUUCUAGAGGCUGCCAACUUAUUAUCGAAACGUAUCAAAGUAAAAGCGGGCAGUCAGUUAGAAAUGUUGUUAUAUAAGGAAACAACAGUCAUCAAUGCGAAACCCGAUUCAGAAGAUCCACAAUACAUAAUUAUGGAUGUAAUUCUAUCGGAGACAUCAUACUAUAAAAUUAAGCGAGCUUGCAACUCUGUUUCUUCAAAAUCUUCUUCAAAAUCUGUUUAAUAACUUCAAUAAAGUUCAGCACUUAAUGUUGUCGAAA